AUGCUACAUGGAUGGGUAGCUGAAAAGAGACAACGUGAAAAUGGAUCCGGAGCAUCUGACAUGUAUUACUAUCAUAAGAGCAAACAAUGUCGUUCUCUUGUAGAGGUAAGAAAAUAUGUAUUCAGGGGUUUAUCAAAGCUUGAAGUUGAUCAAGAAAUCACUGAAGUAAAAGAGGUUAUUGAAAAUCACUCCAUGAAAAGAAAGGCUGAAUGUUCUAUCUUGGAAAGGAAGUCUGCAACAAAGAAACUGAAAAGCAACAACUAUGGCAAGAGGGAGGUCAAAAAGUUUCUCGGUGGAGCAAUGAACAACCUCAUGAAUAUGAAUGUGAAACACAAAAACAAGGAUGUUGGAAUGUCAGAAGAAGAUUCCUCCCCGAAAAGAAAAAUAGAAUCUUCAAUCUUGGAGGGAGAGCCUGGAAUAAAGGACCAAAUAAGAAUAUUAUUCACACCAAAGGAAAAAUACAAGCGAGAAUAUUUUCUGAACAACCUAAAUUGGUGCUGGAAUCACAAGGUUCAACAAAUUGUGAGAGGUCUAGUUGGCGACGAUCACAGAGCUAGUAAUGGUGCAAAUAGUGGCAGCAAUGAAAGAGAGAGUGGCCGCGAAGAUAAUAGUGGUGGAAUUUGA